AUGGCACAAGAAAGCUUAUCUAAGUAUGCUGAGAAGCAAAAUGUAACCGAAACACUUGCACAAGUGCGAUGCAAAGCAGGGACAAAUGACGACAUACACAAGCAGUUGAUAUCAAUCGCAACGGCUAAUAUUUUCCUCUGCUCUAUGGCAUUUCUCGGGAACGCUAUCAUCCUGGUCGCCUUACGGAAGGAAUCUUCCCUUCAUCCGCCGUCCAAAUUGCUGUAUCGUUGUCUUGCAACAACUGAUCUUUGUGUUGGUUUGAUUUCGGAGCCUUCUUCUGUUGCCUAUUGGCUGUCUUUUGUUAGCGAAGAUUGGAAUCUCUGCAAGCUUGGGCUUGGCGCAUAUUUUAUAGCAGGCCAUACCCUUUGCUCAGUCUCUCUGUUAACAAUGACCGCAAUAAGUGUGGACAGACUCCUCGCCUUGGUGCUUGGGCUCAGAUACAAACAGAUUGUAACUUUGAAGCGAACUUGUGGCGUUAUAGCCAUCUUCUGGAUAUUAUCGAUGGCCGCUGGAGUAGCGUACUUUGUGGAUUACCGUAUAUCCGUGUCCUAUGGCUAUACUCUUAUACCACUGUGUCUAAUAACAGCAACUUUCUCAUACACAAAAAUAUUUCACCGUCUCCAUCGAAGCCGCAAUGAAGUACAAAUUCUUGUUCCACAACAGCCAGGCCAACCACUUCCACUGAAUAUGGCACUUUACAGAAAGGCCGUGUAUAGUGCACUUUGGGUUCAGGUUUCAUUCGUCUGUUGCUCUCUGCCAUAUAGCAUAGUAGCAGUAGUAGUGCCUUACGACAGACUAUCUUCGAAUGACUUUAUACUCUUGUCAUGUGCAGAGAGCUUAGUUUAUCUUAAUUCGUCCCUUAACCCGUUACUUUACUGUUGGAAGAUUAAUGAGGUGAGGCAAGCAGUAAAGGAUACACUCAGACAAACGCUUCGCUGUCUUUGGGUUUAG